CAGAGACAUGUUGCACAAAUUCGGCAUAAAAUGUUGACUAUAUUGUUUAUAAUAUGGUCCCUGAUUCGCGGUCUUACAAAAGCUGCCCCCAAAGCCCCCCAAUCCCCUUUGGGGGUGCCCCUGGAGGAUCCCGUCCCCACUCCCAGUCCGGAGCGUGGCUCUCAAACGCCUUCUCCGGAGCUGGAUUUUAUGAGUGAGAUGUCAGCCAGGAUGUCGUCCGAUAACAGCAAUCGGUCUAGGUACUCGGUAUUCUCCCGAGACUCGUCCGUGGACCCGGGCAGCGAGUCGCGGCCCUCCGUGACCAGCAUCUCUUCGUACUCGACCUCGUCGCGCCGCUACGAGAUCAUCGGGCAGCGCUCGAUGGACUCGCGCGCCAGCGUCACCAGCCUGUGGUCCUCCGACAUGUCCCGAAGGGACAGCGAGGCGAUACCCGAGCACGAGAUCGACUCGAGCGACUCGCGCGCCUCGUUCGCCUCGGCCGGCAGCAUGGCCUCGUCGGACAGCUCGAGGCGGUACUCGGAAGGACUCGCCAAACGUCGGAGGUCGUCGGCCAGGUCGUCUCAGGUGCGGAGGCACACGAGACGGUUCCCGUUGAGUUACGAUCGCAGACGGACUACGGGAAGGUUGGUUUUUGAAGUGGGGUUAUGUUGGGUCGGGUUGCUAGUAAAAGUGUUAUAG